CCUGAGCCGAAGGCAGACGCUUAAUGACUGAGCCACCCAGGUGCCCCGGGCUUAGGCAAUUUCUUGUGUUGUCAAAGUUUGGUAGACUUAGGCGUUUUACAAGCUGUACAUUUUUGCAAACUGUAGUUUCUCUUUCAAUUCUCAAUUCUCUUCUGGUCUUUCUUCAGCCUGUGUUGAAGGAUAGACCAUUAUCUUCUGGAGUUGUGAUCAAGACAGAUUAGUAUUGCUCUUUACUGGGUUAGAAUUGAGUAUCAAGUAUCCAAUGGUAGUUCUUACUUAGUCUCAGGUCUUCAUGUUAAUAAUAGUUGAUUGUUGUUAAAUCAUGUGACUUGGGAGUAGCUACACAACAGCAUUUAAGGCUCAGAACAGAAAGCAUCUGCCAACUGUAGUAAAAUUAUCAGAGGCAAAAUAAGUAUUCUACUAGAAUGCAAAGCCAGGAGGCUAGGUUACAAAACCCAAGCUACAAAAACAUAUUCCAAAGUCCAGGUGGGUCUAUUCUAUAGAGUCAGGUAGCUUCUUUCUUUAGCUUAGUCAAAGACUAUUGUACCUGUCUAAUGAUUUUUAUAGACCUUUAUAUAUAAUAAAUGAAACUGCCCUUUGGCUUGCCACAAGGAAAUAGAAGACUAUGUCAUUGCCCAUGACAAUCCUGGGUAGUGAACUUAAACUGGUUUCUUGGGCUUCCAUAGCAUGAGUCGAAAUUUGAACCACCUUUUCUAGUUGUAUUCAAGAGAGUUAACACUUUUGAGAACUCUCCUGUGUAUCCAAUUCCUGCUUCAUUUUGGAAGUCUUUGGUUAUCCUUCCAAGGAAACAUGCUACCGUGAAUAGAAAAGGGCUUUAAAUAUCUGAAAACUUCUUAACAAUUAUUCUGUGCACAAGAUAGGUUUGGGUUUAGGAGGUAGGCAAGAAUCUGGUGUAGACCUAAUUAAUCCCUGGUGAGUUAGAGAUAAUAUUAGGGAUAUAAAUGAUAUUUAUCACAACAGAAAUGAGCCAAUAAUUGUUUCCUUGAGCUGAGCACAUUGUGGAGUUUAGUUCCUGCAUACAAGUUUGGAAAAUCUUUGGAGAAAAUGACUAGUGCAGUGAGAAUAGCAUUUGUUCCCUUCCCUGGUGAAUCUGGUUCUGCUGACAAUGCUGUUAUGAUUAUGGUAGAAGCAUUUUGUUGACUUGGAGUAAACUCAGUUUUUACAAGAAUGAAGGCUGCGGCUACCGAUUAAGAGGAAAAUUCAAAUAUCAGAAGAGACCUUUGGGAAGAAACUGGUCUCAGGAGUUUAAAGGAAGAGAUACUACAUCUUUUACGGUGGAAUUUGACAGUUUCAAAGAGUAGCUGUGGUCUAGAAAACGGAAAAGUUUUGCAUUCUUAAGGUGGCCAAAAAAGACCACAGAGGAUUAAGAAUAAGAUCCUUAAAUAUGUAAAAUAAAAUCCUUAAAUACGUAAGAACAUAUUGAGAAACCUUUAUCUCUAGGAGGUGCCAAACUAUAGUAAGCAAAAGAGGGGAAAAGAGCAAAGGUAUCAGAAAAUUGAUCAUGUUUUUUGCCUUGGGCAGAAGCAGUUCAUUUUCUGUUAUCUGCUUGACUUGAGGGUUUGAUUAGCAGUUUUCCUUCAAAGAUAAUGGCUUCUGUAAGGAAGACACUUGUUAUGAGCACUGGGUGUUAUAUGUAAGUGAUGAAUCACUAAAUUCUGCUCCUGAAACCAAUGUUAAACUGUAGGUUAACUAACUACAAUUUAAAUUAAAAAUUGGAAGAAAAAAAAAUACAAUGGCUUCUGGAGAAUCCCUGAGAAUCACUCACUGAAAGUCUCCUGAUGGAGUGGUUGUCCAGCUGUUUGGAGAAGAUACUUGUCAUUUAGUUGGGAAACAUGAAUCCAGGAGUCAUUGUCUUGGACUCUCACUGCCAUGCUAGUUACAGUAUCUGAUAAGCUUAUUUUUCAUUGAAGGCAAUUUUCAUUUCUCUGAUGUCUCUUCCAGAAGACUAUAUUUGCCGAAGAUUGAGGAUGUUACGAAAAUUGAUGUUUUUGUAGAAUGGAGGAGAGUUGAAUUCACUGUUGCGGUAUAGCACAAUUAUAAGAUUAUUAUUUUAUUUCUUUAUUCAUGAGAGACACAGAGAGAGAGGCAGAGGGAGAAGCAGGCUCCCAAGGAGCAGAGAGCCCGAUGCGGGACUUGAUCCCAGGACCCUGGGAUCAUGACCUGAGCUGAAGGCAGACGCUUAACCAUCUGAGCCACCCAGGCAUCCUCAGUUUGGGUGAACAAGAUAUGAAGACAGUAUGCUUUGUGGAGAUGUGAGUGCUUCCCUGAUUAAGCUUCCCUAGUAGCUUCCAACUUUAGAGUUUCAGAAGGAUCCACAAAGGAAGAAAUUGAGGUACAUCCAAAGCUCUGAGGAGAGGGGAUUGAAGGGUGGGAAAAUCACUUUUGUACAAACUCCAUAUAAAGAAAGAAGAGACCCAUCGAGGACUGAGCACCUAGCCAACUGGAGACCUGUGAUGUUGGACACCAUCGUCCCUUCCGUGCAAGAUCUGGGCAGGCAGGUGCUGCCCACGCUGCUGUCGCUGAGCCAGGAGGAAGUCUCUACUAUCUGGGCAAAUGUGUCAGAAUUUGUGGAACGGCAGCUAUCCCUACACAAGGGGGUUCAGAUCCCAGGACUUGGAAUUUUCACUUUCAUGAGACAAAAACUUGAGGUGGGAAACAACAAGUUUAUUCUGAUUCAGAGGCCCAUAUUUAUCAUGGCGGAGAAGUUAGUACAGAUUCAUGGACUCAAGCAAAACAAAAUAUAUAUUCCUGGUGAUAUCCCAGUUGUUCCACUUAAUUUUGUCAUGAUAUCCCUGGAGGGUCCAUUUAGCAGGGAUACAGUGGAAGGAUGUGUGAAGGAGACAUUGCUUGUUUUAUCACGAUCAAUUUCCAUCAAACAAAAUGUAGAAUUUACUUUCAAAGGAAUCGGGGUCCUUGUGAUUAGAGGCAACAAAGUGAAGAUGAGAUUUUAUAAGGACUUCCUUUGUUCAAUGGAUGGAAGUGGGGCUUUGGCAAAAGCCCUAGCAAAUAGGCCGGACACUGUGGACUCCGUGUUGUCUAGCAGAGAGAUCUUAGGAAAGCGACCCAACAGUGUGCUUGCAUUUCCAAGGAUUGAGCUCAAGGAGAUGGAGAACAAACCACCUAUGGAGACCAUUGUAGAAGAAGGUACAAAGAAUAGACAAAAGAAGUACAAAUUAAAAGACCAGCCAGACAAAGAAGAAGGCAUCAGAGAGAUCUUAUCACCUAAGAGACUUCGAGAUAAACAAGCUAUCUCCUCUCCCAAAAUGACAAGCAUCAACUUGCUGAGUAAGUUAGAGCAGAAUGGGAGUAGCUGGAAGAUUAUGAACCCUGAAAGCUUAUCAUCUCCAGGUUGUUUGAAAAAUGACAGUGAAAUGAAGCCUAAACUUUCUCCAGUCCCCACUUGCCAGGAUCAUAAUAAGGCAGGACAGGAAAUGUGUUAUGUGUGUUUGCAACGAGCACAGCGCAAUUCCCCAUUGUACUACAGUGAGGAGAGGAAGAGGAGAGAGAUAGAAGAUGAGCAACUCAUUCAGCAGUAUGAAAUCCUGAAGGAUCAAGAGGCUCUCUUAAAACACCAGAUGAGAAGUCUGGCUAAUAGAGAACAAAAUCAGAAAAAUGCUGCCUACAAUCUUGGAGUUGCUGAAGCUAUAAGAAUCCACAAGAAUGAGAAACCUGAAUUUUAUAAAUCUUUCCUGUUUGAUAAACGGCCACUCAGUCCUGAGAUUAAUGCUUUUAAACAAGAAGAAUAUUCCCAAAGUCUCCUGAAACAAAUGGAUAACAGACGGGAAAAGGAAAUAAAGCAAAGACAAAACAGAGAGUUGAUGGACCGCCUAGAACAAGUGCAACUCACAGAGGAACUUGCUGCACAAAGAGCCCAGUAUAUAAAAGAUAAGAUGGAAGAAACACAGUGUUAUAAGAGAGCUUUGGAUGCGCAGAUGAAGAACAAACCCCUGCAACUGCCCAUGUUUGAGCCAGACUCUUGUGAGCCCAUCUUUGGUAAGGAUGAGGGUGAGCUGAUGGUGGAAAAGCACAAGCGAGAACAGAAUUACAUGAAGCACCAGCUGGAGGCCGCUGCCAGACACAAGAGGAGAACCAUCCUGCAGCAGCUGGUGGAACAGAAGCGGGACUUGCAGAUGCUUCGGAGGACACAAAAAGAGCACUCGGCGGACAGAAAUGCUGAGCGUAAGCGGUUGAACAGAGUCAACCAGAGCUUGCAGGAGGAGUGGAAAAGCAGUGCUGCAAUGAAGAGGCAGCGGGACCUGGAGGAGAAGGCUUUCGAGCGGGCAUCAGACAAGCUCUUCCUCCUGGACCAGUGUGAGAAGUAUCGGCGCUGCAAGCAGUGCCAGAGGCGCACCUCCAGUGUGGGUGAGAGCAACCUGUGGCCCCUCAACAAGUACCUGCAUGGCUCCCGGUUGUUCGUAUAAAACCCAAAGUUUGGAUCCGUGGUUUCCUGGGGAAAAUUUGUAUCAUUUCAAUGUUUAGGUACGAUGGUGAAACUACCUAUUUUUACUUUAAAGGGAAAAAGUUAUUGCACUGUUUUGGUGCUUUCAGGAGAGGAUUGCUUUUUCACCCCUUAAUGCAUUCAUACAGGCAGGGUCUCCCCUCUGUCUUCCUUCUGCCCCCACAGAACCCUGCUGCCACUGGGGGCUGGGGAUGGGGGACCCAGCCUCAUUCUGGCUCCCGAGGUGCUGCUGACCCAGCCCUGCCACUCCAUGAUGUUGUGUAAGAAACUUGGUCUUCAUCUGUAAUGAACAGUGUCCUAAUAAAUAUUUUCUACAUA